CGAGGGGAUUUUGCCAUGACUGCGUUGGAGGUUUGGGGUCAUUCGCAAUUUCUGCCCAAGCGAUUUCUCCCGAUCAUUUCUCCUCUCUUCAUCACGCGCCGCCCGAGCGCGCCAUGGCGUCCUCGAAGUCCACGGGCCUCGGCGAGCCCAUCCUCGAUGGGCUGCCAAUCUGCGUGCCGCAGAUCCUGAUGCCCCGCGCGGACAUCCCCCUCGACAAGUGGGCGACGGUGGCGUGCGACCAGUUCGAGUCGGAGCCCGCGUACUGGAAGGAGAUGGCCGCGCACGCCGAGGGCAGCCCCUCGGCGCUGAACAUCGUCUUCCCGGAGGUCUACCUCGCCUCCGUCACGGGGGCGGACCCGUCCGAGGACACGAAGCGCAUCGAGCAGAUCGGCAAGACCAUGAAGCAGUACGUCGCUGACGGCGUCUUCCGCGAGCGCGCCCCGGCCUUCCUGGCCCUCGACCGCAAGACCGAGCAGGUUGCGUCCCGCAAGGGUCUGAUCGUGGCGGUCGACCUGGACGAGUACAACUACAACUGCCCGGAGCCCACGCUCAUCCGGCCCACCGAGAAGACCAUCGUGGCUCGGCUGCCCCCGCGCAUCGCCAUCCGCAAGGACGCCCCGCUCGAGCUGCCCCACAUCAUCAUGAUCAUCGACGACCCCGGCAAGACCGUGAUCGAGCCCCUGUUCACCACCGAGGGCCUCACGACGCCGGAGUACGAGUGCUCCCUCUUCAAGGGCGCCGGCUCCGUGAAGGGCCUCACCGUCACCCCGAAGGGCACCGAGCACGUGGCCUCGGCGAUGAAGGCGUUGGCGGCGAAGGAGUUCGCCGCCGCCGAGGCGGGGAAGCGCAAGCCGUCCACCAUCCUCAUCGGCGACGGGAACCACUCGCUGGCCACCGCCAAGAGCUGCUGGGAGAACCUGAAGUCCCAGGCCGGGAUCGACAAGGAGACGCACCCGGCGCGCUUCGCUCUCGUGGAGCUCCAGAACCUGCAUGACGACGGCGUGGUCUUCGAGCCCAUCCACCGCAUCCUGGAAGGAGCCAGCGCGGACGAGGUCCAGGCGACGCUCGAGACGGCCUGGGGCUGCAAGGCCACCCCCUUCGUGAGCCCCCAGCCGAUCCACUCCGUCGUCAUCGUGAGGCCAGAGGGCAAGUUCACGAUGGUGCCGCCGAUGGACAAGCUGCCCAUCGUGUCGAUGACGGAGCCCAUGGAUGACUUCGUGGCGAAGCACCCCGAGGUGAAGAUCGGCUACGUUCACGGCGAGGAGCCAGUUGAGGACGCCGUGAAGGAGGGCAAGGCCGUUGGCCUGUUGCUGCCCAAGCUGGACAAGUCUCGCUUCCUCGAGACGGUGCAUGCUAUUGGCACGCUGCCCCGCAAGGCCUUCAGCAUGGGCGAGGCCAACGAGAAGCGCUUCUACAUUGAGGCGCGCAACAUCCUGCCGUGAGGGCAUGUAGGAGAGAGCGCUCAGCGAGAACGAUUUUCCUCGAAAAUAUAUGUGUCGUCGCAGUUUUGUAGGUAUUUACAUUUUUCAACGCAGGCGCGCAUGCUUCGAGUAUACUGCGGCUGUGAACUCGAAGUCUAAGAUACGAGCUAUGCACAGAUGCCAAGCACCCUAUUUCUUUCUCUCGCCUUGAUGCCAUUGCAAGCUCGGUGAGCAGCCCGAUGCCAAUCAUCUUCGUUGUCCUUAUCCUCCUCUCAUUCUCAAAGCCUUCCCUCUCCCUCCAUCUCCCGUCUCGCCCUGCUCAUUUGUUACCGUCGUACCCUCCCGCCCCGCUUCGUGGGGGUCAGAGAUCGGCUCAACUUGCAGAAGACAUGUCUGAAUCCACGUAAGCUUCUGGAGACCUACGCGGACUUCUGUUCCAGGUGCUCCAGCGCGGGCCCAAG